AUGAUAAACUUUAUUCUCUCUCUUGUUUAAAAUAAUUACUACCUGAUAUUAAUGAUGAUAAAAGUGAUCUUAUAUAAUAUUUAGAAGAUAGGUAAAUUUUAUGUAUGUUAUUUAUAGACCUCUUUAAUAGUAUAGUUUCAUUAUUGAUUCAUUUUAAUAAUUGGAAAUGUUUGUAUUAUAUUCUGUAUAGGUUAUUGAUAGUUUUAAUAAAACUAAAUGGAGAUUUAAAACUAGAUAUUCAGAUUUAAGAGAUAUUCAUUAAGCACUUAAAGAAUAAACUAAAAUUACAUUACCAGAAUUUCCAAAAAGAAAAUUAUUUAGAAUUACAAAUGAUGAUCCUUAAGAAAUUGAAAAUAGAAAGUGCAAUUUAGAAAUUUAUUUAAAUUCACUUUAUGCGUAUUUAAUCAUAUUUAAAUAGAGUAACCCAGAAUUGAAUAAUUCAGAUAUAUUAGAUUAUUUUAUUUAAAAUAGUAGAAGAGAAUCCAAAAAACUUUAAAAGUAUGAUGAAUAAAAAAUACUAUUAAAAAUGGUAAAAAUAUAUAUUUAUACAUAAAUUUAGAAACUAAGAUAGAAAUAAGAAAAAGAGAAAUAGAUUGAGUAUUUAUAGUAAAAAAUACUGUAGAACAAUGAAAAUUGUAAAAAUGAUUUAAAUACAAACGGUAAGGUUCGAAAUAAUUCAAUAAAAAGAGUACCAAGAAAAGGACUGUUUAUAAUAAAAGAAAUUCUUGAUAAAUAUGAAGAUGAUAAUACAACACUGAUAAGAUAUAGUUCAAUUUCAUCAAAUCCUUUAAAUUAAAUUGGUUAAAUACUAAUAAAUUAAAAAUUAGAUUAGGAAUAUGAGAAAGCGAAUUCAGAGCCUGAUAUAAAUAAUUAGGAUAUAGAGAAUAUUGAUAAUGAUUAUUUAGAGAAAUGGAGAGGAAAAGAAUGA